AUGGGACUGUUGGGGUUUCUUCCCGCCAAUCUAAGGGGGGUCGUGUUGGUAGCCCCCUGGAUUCUUUAUCUGGCGGUGUCCGAUGUGGCGCUAUCCCUCCUCCUACCCGUCAAGACGUUCGCCCCCGACUUCGUCUAUCGCGCAUCUUCACUCAUCGCAUCCUCCGUCUGGAAGUGGAUCCAAUAUAUCUUUGAGGGUUGCAAUGGCGCCCACAUCACCUUCUCAGGAGAGCGCCUACCGAUGAGGGAGUCGGCUGUUGUCGUCUCGAAUCACGUUACCUGGGCUGAUUUUUACAUGAUCCAAGCCCUGGCCCUACGGUCGGACAUGCUUGGACAGUGCCGAUGGUUCGCGAAGAUCCAGCUCCGCAUGGUUCCCUUCCUCGGCUGGGGUCUGUGGGCGAUGGGCAUGCCAAUGGUGACCAGGAACUGGAUGCGUGACCAACGGGAGCUACAACGCGUCUUCGGCGGCAUCGUGCGCAGGAAGUGGCCGACGUGGCUGAUCAGUUUCAGCGAAGCUACACGAUUCACACCCCAGAAGUAUGAAGAGUCCAAGAUCUGGUGUAGUCAGAAUGGCCGCCCGCAGCCUUUGCAUCUGCUAUACCCCCGUACCAAGGGGUUCGUCGCUACCGUACAACAUCUAAGAAAGGCACCUCACGUGAAGGCAGUUUACGACAUUACCAUCGCUUACCAACAGAAGGGUAGGUUUCACGUGGCACCGAGCAUGUGGGAAACCUUGAAGCUGUCGGAUCUCAGUGGCUCGGAGGGGUAUAGAUUCUACAUUCAUGUGCGACGCUUUCCUCUUGAGGAACUGCCCCACCUGGACGAAGAACUCGCAGCGUGGCUGGAACAGCGAUGGAUCGAGAAGGGGGAAUGGUUGGAUGAGGUGAAGGCCGCGUGUGCUGUGAGGUAGUCGGCAUACUGUCUUGGGUUGUCGCACGAGGUUGACGGAUGGUGAUCUAUGACGUCUAAUAGGGGUUAAACAAAAGUGGGAUGCUGAUUCCGUGUACCUAUAAUACCUGCCUACAAGCCUAUGCCUCGCGAGAACUCGGUGACCCGGGG